UGGCAGCAGUACGCUCAGUACUCAGGCUGCCUUAAAACCACAGAAGAAGAAACUUCACAUGUUUAGAGUGUAACAGCAGCAGUUUUAGCAGCAUGUCAGCUCUAAAAUCUCCAGAUUUAAAACCCUGUGACUGUUCUCUCUCAGUAAUCUUACAGCUGAAGUAGAUUUAAACCUCCGUGUAACGCUAGAAGCCGCGCAGUGCUAGCUGUUAGCUGUUAGUUAUCUGUUAUUUAGUUUAUUCGGGUCUGGGGUUGACUGUCAGCCUCUAGCCUGUUGUCAUAUCUGGUUUAACUCGAGUGGACCUCAGAGCUCCUGCUAUGGGGCGCAAAAAGCAGGGACAUUGCGAGCGGCCGCUGAACAAGGGCAAAGACAGAAGACACAGAAUGAAAGGAAAGUCUCUGGAGACUUUUACUGAGGAGAUGCACGAUGCUUUACAAGCAAGUGAAGAUGCUGGGUCAGAGGCUGCAGGAUGUGUGAAGUUGCCAUGCCCAUUGGCAAUGUGGGAACUAGGUCACUGUGACCCGAAACGCUGCACAGGACGUAAACUGGCAAGAAAGGGGUUUGUGCGCUGCCUUCGACUUAAUCAGCGCUUUAACGGCCUCAUCCUCAGCCCUAUGGGCACAAGAUACGUUACUCCUGCAGACCGGGAGAUCGUGGCUCAGAGUGGAGUUGCAGUGAUUGACUGUUCAUGGGCCAAACUUGAGGAAACGCCCUUCAGUAAGAUGAUUGGUUCCCACCCGAGACUCCUGCCAUACUUGGUGGCAGCAAAUCCUGUGAAUUAUGGCAAACCCUGUAAGCUGAGUUGUGUGGAGGCCUACGCUGCCACCUUCUGCAUUGUAGGUUUUCCUGAACUGGCAACGCUGCUGUUGAGGAAGUUUAAGUGGGGAAAGGGGUUCCUUGAGUUAAAUAAAACAGUACUUGAGCGCUAUGCUGCCACCAAGUCAGAGGAGGAGCUGCUCACUGUGGAGAAAGAGUAUAUCACCGCCGCACCUCCAGAAGAAGAGAUAGAUCCUUUUGAUGUGGACUCAGGAAGAGAGUGUAUGAACCUUAACAGACCACUGAGAGUGGAAGAGGAUGAGGAGACAGAAAGUGAGGAGGAGGAGACAUCAGAGGAGGAUGAAGAUGAUGACGAAGUUGACCGAAAAAAGGAGAAUGUGGAAGACAACAGAAGUGAAGAUGAAGAGUCUUGAGAUGUUCAAGAUGUGAAAAUUAGACAAUUAGCUAUGGAUACUAAAGUGAGAAGAGAGAAGUUCAUUAUCACCAUGCUGUAAUCCAGCUCUGUGGGUUGAACUAAUAUUGUAUAGGUAUAUGUUCUGUAUAUGUAGAGUGAGACACAUACUUUGUUAAUAUUGCAACUUUUAUGAGCUCUUUAAAAAAGCGUGGUUGUAUGUAAUAUUUGUAUACUAUGUCUAAUAAAUCUAUAUAUUCUGCUUA